AUGGAAACUUCCAAUGAGCCCAUAAAUUUAAAUGCACCCAUAGCCGAAACGUCUCCUACUGAUGAUAGUAUCACUUCGCAUAAUAACCCUAACCCGGACUCGACAAACCCUUUGCCCAAAACCUUGGAACAGCAGUUCGAAGAAGCGAUUCGAAACGGUGAUUGUAUCGAAUUAGAGAAGCUUUUGAGAUCUAGAGAAGAUUUACUUGAGAUACAGCUGCAAUAUGAGUUUAAAGAACGCGGAGCCAACACAAUCACAGUUACUCCAUUGGUUCUAGCAGCAGCAUUAAGUAAAACUGCCAUCGUUAAAUUUCUUCUAGAGAAUAAUGCGAAUGUGAAGGCUGCCGAUCCCAAACAUGGCGAAACGGCACUGCACAUGGCUGCCCGACGCGGUCCAAAGGAAAUUGUGGAUUUGCUUCUCUCUCGAAAAGCAAAUAUACAUAAGAAAGGCCUACUCGACCAAACGCCGUUACACUUAGCAUGUAGAUAUGGCCAGCGCGAAAUUGUUGCUUGCCUUUUAGAUGCAAAAGCAGACCUGACCAAGCGUGAUAAGGAUAAUACUACACCCUUUCUCACCGCAGCUAUGUUGAAUAAAAAAGAAAUAAUGGAGUUUCUUUUAGAGCGAGGACCAAAGGAGCAGCUCAAUGAAGUGAACAAAUUCUUGAAUGGGCCAUUACAUCUGGCAUGCGUCAAUAAUAGUAAUGCCGUGGUACCGUGGCUAUUGAAGUUGGAAGUACCAAUAAACCAGCCAGGGUAUACAGGAAAGACUCCAUUGCACUUUGCUUGUGAGAAAGGAAAUACGGAAAAUAUCAAGGCGCUUAUCAGCCACGGAGCAGAUGUUCACAGGCGAAUUAAAAAUGAUGAUAGCCCCAUCUUACAUUCCUGUUUCUACGCACAACUACGGAGUAUCGAGACAUUGAUAUUUCAUGGUGCAUCGGUUUUUGAUAUUAAUGACUCGCACAAACACAUAAUGGAAACAUUAGUUGGCGCAGGACUAAACAUUAACCAGCCUAACCGGGCCGGCUAUUCACCUCUUUGGAUGGCAUGUGAGAAGAAAAAGGACAAGCAUAUCCAGUGUCUUCUCGAUCUAGGUGCUGAUAUUAACUAUAAAGUGGCUUCUAAUGGAUCCACUGCUCUUAUGGAGGCUUGCUGUAAGCCAGAUACACAGACCGUUAAGACACUCUUACAGCUGGGACCUGACAUGACCAUCACAAACAAUGACGGACAGACGGCUUUAGCACUCGCCUGCCGUUUCGGCCAGCUUGAGAAUGUUAAGGCUCUAAUAAACAACGGUGCGACGGCCACAAUCACAACCUGUGACAAGGAUGGACAUACACCCUUAUAUACUGCAGUCAUGUGCGGUCAUAUUGAUAUUGCGCUUGAAAUAUUAGCAACAUCAGUUUAUUUUCCACAAAAUGUUGUGAAAGAGAAGGCCUUUACGGAACGUAUGACGAGUAUGGAGCAUGUUCGCGAAAUUGAGGACAACUUGUUGAAGAGUUUUGAAUCUACCAAAUACCAGGAACAAGAACCUCUUCAGAGGAUCCUACAUUGGGCAAUUGUUAAUGGUGCCUUCACGUUGGCUCAUCAUUGUAUCUCUCAAAACCCAGAGGUUCUCCAAUGGAAACGAAACGGUGCGACCUGGCUUCAUGUGGCAGCUCUACAUGGACAGCAUGGAUUCAUUCAACUUCUGGGGAAAACACCAUCCCAUGAUAUUGAUGUCUUUUCGACGGCCGAAGAUAGCGUCACAGCUCUACAUCUAGCAACUAAUGAUGGUAACGUCAAGACUGCUGAUGAUGAAACUCGGCUUUUCCGAGAUUUUCUCCAAGGUCUGCGUAAUAAAGCCAAGGGACAAGGAGGGCCCGUCGGAAAAGAACCCCAGUCCAAUUCGCGAGCCCAGCAAACAUUUCAGAAUCGCUAUCAUAUCAUCUCACCCGAAACCGAGCUUCUUGAACUAAUACGAGAUAUUCGUGAUGAGCUCCACAUCCUCAGGUCUUUAGCGGAGGACCAAGACGUUGUCUGGAAACAGGCCUUUACUCCUGGUGGCCACACAGAGCAGCAAGGUCAAUUUCAGUACUAUCACUCUUGCACGCCUACUGAUGUCAAGAAGAGUCUUGAUGAAAUGCUCUUGGAGGCGGAGAAAACGACCAACUACAUUAAUGACCUUCUUGACUUGCGACAAGCUGAGUAUAACCGAGUGCAAGCAAACGAUUCUGCCAAUCAAUCCAAAAGUAUCUUUAUAUUCACCGUCGUCACUAUUGUAUUCCUCCCCCUUUCGUUUCUUUCGUCCCUGUUUGCGCUUGACGUAAAUAGUUUCCCCCACGAAUCAGGAGACUUGAAGUACGAAGCAUGGUGGUUAUUUCCAAUUCUCUUUGGUGUGACGGCUGCCGUCUCCAUUCCCGCCAUCUUCUUGGCAUGGAAUGUGAAUGCCAUCUCAGAGCGGUUCCAGUUACGGGCUAAGAAAGAUUCCACAGAAAUACCUGCGACUACAAAUCCAAGCGAUGCUUUAGUACAAAAGAGUACGUCGAGAUUUUCUGGUGAGAGGUUGAAGCGGAGGUGGCGGAGGCGUGACAAACUGAAUGUCCUUCCACAGCACGAGGCCCCUUAA